CCGAACUCCGGGCGCACAGUCCGCUUCAGAGCGACGGGGAGAAACGAGAGCACAAUAGAAUAGUUUGCCAUAACAUGAAGCUAUUUUGCUGCCAUUCGCUGUCGGGAGUUUGAAAUAGGACUAUACGACGCGUGCACAUCCACGGACCGACUAGUCUUAUGUUAUUUUAAUGCUACCGAUAGAGGUUUCGGAAGGAGUGUGUUUCACCUCAAGCGAACACGACGAAGGAAGGAGGGCCGGGAUGAAAACAGAGGAGACCCAAUCAUGUCUUCAGCAGCCUCCAGCCUCCACGCCAUUCGGUUCAGAACACAGGGGCGGAGGGGGCGAGGUGUGUGCGGGGUGUGAGUCGCCCAUUGCCGACCGCUUCCUGCUGCGUGUCAACGAGCGCUCGUGGCACGAGACCUGCGUCAAGUGUGCGGUGUGUCUGAGCGCACUCAGUGGGACCUGCUACUGCAGAGACCGUCUGCUCUAUUGCAAGCAUGACUACGAAAAGCUGUUUGUCAGGAAGUGCAGUGCGUGCCUGCAGGUGAUUGGCCGCUCAGAGCUGAUCAUGCGUGUGCUGGGGCAGGUGUACCACCUGGGCUGUUUCAGCUGCUGUGAGUGUGAGCGCCGGCUGCAGCGCGGAGACGAGUUUGUCCUGAAGGAGGGCCAGUUGCUCUGCAGAGGAGACUACGAGAAGGAGAGAGAGAUGCUGGCUGCCAUCAGCCCCACACCCACUGAGUCAGUGAAGAGUGAGGAUGAGGAUGGUGGGGGCGGUUCUGUAGGGGGGAAGGGCGGCGAAGGGAAGGACCACAAACGGUCAAAGCGACCACGCACCAUCUUGACCACACAGCAGCGCAGAGCUUUCAAGGCCUCCUUCGAGGUGUCCUCCAAACCUUGCAGAAAGGUGAGAGAGACACUGGCAGCUGAGACCGGGUUGACGGUUCGAGUCGUGCAGGUGUGGUUCCAAAACCAGAGAGCAAAGAUGAAGAAGAUAGCUCGCAGGCAGCAGCAACAGCAGCAGCAGCAGGAGCAGGAGCAGCUGGGAGGGUCCAGGAGAGGGCCGAGCAGGGGGGGCCGACAGAGCAACGAUGACAGUGAGGACGGUUCUAGUGGUCAUGGAUUGGACGGUCUGUUGGCGUACCCUUCGUUGCCACGACAGCAGCUACUGGCUCUGGACCCCAACAUCUACGGAGGAGAGCCGUUCCGCCAUGGCCUCACACCUCCUCAGCUGAGCUCUGAACAUCUUCACUCCUACGAUUCAGAGACUGUGUUCCACGAUCUGGACAGCGACGGGAGCCUCAGUCACCUCGGCGACUGUCUUCUGGCAGCGGCGGACGGUGGGCUCCUGGCGGGGCGGGUGGGAAACCCCAUCGACCGCCUCUACUCCAUGCAGAACUCCUACUUCACAUCCUGACCCCUCACCCUUGACCCCUGACUCACUCCACCAAUCACCACUCAGAGAAGCAGCUAAUGACCGGUUAUCCUACCAGGCCCACAAGGUCAUCACACCAACCAUGCUUGAGCUGGGUCCAUAUCCAUAUCUGACCGGGCUUAUUGUACAUUACCAAGUAAAAGCAUAAUAGGAAACAGCUGGGUCAUGUUCAGUAGGGUGGAAAUGUUAGGAGUGAAACGGGGAGGAACACGUUUUUCCAUACCAAACACGACCCAGGUAGCCAUUUAAGAUCUCAACUAUGACUUAGGCCGUGUCCGAAAUCUGGCUUGCCCAGUACUUACAUAAACUGCAUACUGUGUACUAAUCGUAUUACAUACUAUUUAGAAUGUUCGGUGUAGUACAAACGUAUGCAGUAAGCAACAAACAUCAAAAUACUACUCAUCCAUACUGAGAAGGCGUCAUCGAAUGCGCCGUUCGUUCUUGUUCCCCGCCAUUCUUACAUUUUUUUUUAUUUUUAUUUUUUAAAUAAAUUUAACUCCAAUU